GAAAGUGAAAACCAGAAUCUGAUUUGUUAUAUUGUGUUCUGAUACAUUGGCAUUGCAUGGAAGAUGAGUUUUUCACUGGAUUCCGAUUCGGUGCUGCUGUAUGCACACCCAUCCAUGGAAUCGCUGGCCAUACAGAUUGUGGAGCGGUGUUCCGGAGAGUGGUCAGAUUCUCAAAUUAAAAAAUUGAAAGCAGAGCGUUCACUCUCCAUAUCCUCCCAGCGAGUGGUGGAAUUCCGCAAGACGAUAGAGUGGGGAAGAUUCCCCGACGGAUUCCCCAACGUCUUCAUCCAAGAUGUCAAGUUCAUGGCAGGCAAAGAUGUUAUCUUCGUGGGAAGUUUUCACUCGCCAGAUGUCAUAUUUGAACAGUUGUCAGUACUGUAUGCAUUUCCUAGGUAUUUGGCAAAGUCGUUCCACUUUAUUCUGCCGUAUUUCCCUACUGGGACCAUGGAGCGUGUUGACACAGAAGGUCAGAUUGCCACAGCCAAGACUCUAGCCACGCUUCUGUCUGCGAUCCCGCUGUCGGCAAAAGGCCCGGCCCAAGUGAUUAUUUUUGAUAUUCACGCCUUACAAGAGAGAUUCUACUUCUCCGACAGUGUCAUUCCUCGUCUUUUGUCAGCCAUUCCACUACUACAGAGGGAGAUUGAGCAUCUGUCGUACAAGUCGAAUCUGGCGUUCGCCUUCCCAGAUGAUGGAGCGUUUAAACGCUUUCAUUCGUACUUCCCAGACGAACAUACUGUCAUAUGUGCUAAGGUGCGAGAUGGAAAGAAGAAAAUCGUUACAGUCAAAGAUGGUAACCCUUCAGGAAAAGAUAUCAUCAUUAUAGAUGACCUCAUUCAGACUGGCGGAACAUUGAUCGAGUGUGCAAAAGUGUUACUGAAGCAAGGUGCCAAGACAGUCAGUGCUUAUGUGACACACCCAGUGUUUCCCGGAGACUCGUGGAAGAGAUUCACAGAUGGAGACGUUCACUUCGAGAAUUUCUGGAUCACCGAUUCCAUCCCCCACGCCAAGACCAUCAGUAAUCACAAACCCUUCAAGCUGCUGUCUCUGUGUGGUGUCAUAGCAGAGUCGCUGUUAGGGUACGACCUUAUGCCCUAGACAUUGACUUGUGCCCUAAACAUCAACUUGUGCCCUAGACAUUGACUUGAGCCCUAAACAUCAGAAUGUGCCCUAGACAUGAAUGGGUGUCCUAGAUAUUGACUUGUCCUAGCAUCAAUUUGUGCCCUAGAUAGUGACUUGUGCCCUAGACAUCGACUCAUGCCCUAGAUAGUAACCUGUGUCAUAUAUAGUGACUUGUGUCCUAGACAUUAGUAUGUGCCCUAUAUAGUGGUCUAGAUACAGGGAUGAGAAAGACAAUUUGUAUUUUCAUCUGAAAUUAGCCGGGGUCCAGGGGGCCUGGUCAGGGGGUCCGGGGGGCAAAGCCCCCCUGAAGCUAUAGGGUUUUUUACAAUUGCAAGGCAAAAAUCUGCAUCACAGAAUUACAGAAUAACUUAUAUACCAUAGAAAGGAUUAUUAUAAUGCAUAAACUCCUGUCAAUAAUCAUGAAAUUGCACAUCCUCCUUUGCGAUCAGUUUCACCAUUUUUGAAUGGAAAAAUACAUAUCAAGACGCUCGAUUACCACUGCAGAAAACACAGUCGAAAAUGGCGGUUGUUUUGCACAUAACGGCCUAGAACUGUAAGGGCUAUGCUGAUUGGUCUCAAUAUCUCAGACAUCUCAAGUUUAGCCAAUCACAGUGGUCGUAGUAAACAGUACUAAACACAUACACACAAAGCUAGUUUUGUUUUAUUUUCGUAUACACACAGUGCGUCGAAAUAAACAUGGCGGCCGCUACAUUACGAUAGCAGCUGCACGACGACCUCAACUUUAACUGAUGUUUCCACAGAGUGCAAGGCAUAUACCUAUAUUCUAAGCCUCCCCCCCAAAAAAAACAAUACAAUUUGUGGAUCCGCAGAAAAUUCUCAUCCUUGUAGAUAGUAACAUGUGCCCUAUACAUCAACCUCAUGGCCUAAAUACCAACCUGUGUUCUAGAUUGCAACCUGUUAUGGUUUGACCUGAUACCCUAGACAUUGACUUGUGUCCUAGACAUCAGUUUGUGCUCUAGACAUCGACUCAUGCCUUAGAUAAGCAGCCAAUGCUUUAGACACCAACCUGAAGGCCUAGACCAUAACCUCUGUCAAAACCAAAGAGUUCUGCCCAACCUAGGACAUAAACAUGUGCUCAGUCAACUUGGACAUUACAUUAUGCUAUAGACAUUUCUCUUGGACAUUAAAUUAUGCUAUAGACAUUUCUCUUGGACAUUAAAUUAUGCUACAGACAUUUCUCUUGGACAUUAAAUUAUGCUACAAACAUUUCUCUUGGACAUUACAUUAUGUCUUAGACAUUUCUCUUGGACAUUAAAUUAUGCUACAGACAUUUCUCUUGGACAUUAAAUUAUGUCUUAGACAUUUCUCUUGGGACAUUAAAUUAUGCUACAGACAUUUCUCUGGGACAUUAAAUUAUGUCUUAGACAUUUCUCUUGGACAUUAAAUUAUGUCUUAGACAUUUAUCGUGGACAUUAAAUUAUGCUAUAGACAUUUCACUUGGACAUUAAAACUCCUGCUCAAGAAAUCAAUUCAUGCUUUGGACAUUAACAUAUACUCAAAAGAUCAUCUUCGACAUUAAAUCAUGCUCUAAUGGUUAACUCAUGCUGUAGAAAUCAUAUCGUGCUUUAGACAUUAAAUCAUGACCUAGACAUUAGAUCAUGACCUAGACAGAACAUGCCAUAGAUUUAUUUUCCAUUUAUGUCAUUUAUAAAGAAGUGCAAUUUUGUAACAAUGCGUUAUAACAAAAUGAACACAAAUACUGCCACAUUCCAUAAAGUUUACAUUACUGAGAGACAGACAAGCAGAGAGAGACAGACAAGAAGAGAGAGAGAGAGCGAGCGGGGGGGGGGGGG